UCAAUUCAAAUUCAGUUGUGUCACGAAGAGGAUGCUGCGUAGCAAAAUAGAUUGAAAGUUUUGUGGAAAAAUUUAAAAUUAUUUCAAAUUUUAAGGAGGUUUUGAGUAAAGAAGGCGAAUUAUAACGUUCUUUUCUUUCAGUCGAAGCCGUAGAAAUAAAGCAAGUGCGGGCUUGAAAGUGGUGCUGCUGCUGCUUUCCCUUUAAGAUGGCAGACACGGAAAGAUAAAUCUAGGACAGCUGCUAGGACGGCCAAAUAAACCUUUCACAUUCAUCGGUGGCCCACUCCCGUUCCGGUGAAAUGUCCAGCUUUCGAGAGGUUUCCGGUUUCGAAAGAAGUUUUUCACUGGAUGAAGAUGAUGGGGAACAACAAAGGGGACAAGAGAAUGGCAACGUGAAACCGACGUGGCAUCGGUUGCUUCAGGAAGGUGGUGGUGGCAGCUUGUUAGCCGAACAACCACUGCCGUUGCUGGAUGUCAUCGAGGAAAGUGGUCCGGAGAGCUUCCUGUCGGAUGCGACGUUGGAAAAUUUUACCGGGCAAGAUGAUGGAGGAGGAGUUGUUGAGCAAGAUGUUAUGAGUGGAAUUUUUGAGGGAUCAUCGACCAAUUAUGAUUCGGGGAACUUUUCGUUCUCGGAAAGUUCCAAGGAGAAGGUGGUGGAAAGUCCACUGGCUGGCCAGGAGCAACAUCAGCGAUUCGUACAGCUGAAUACCGAACUGUAUCAAGCGAAGACGGAACUGCUGACGUACAAGUACAAGUGGAACGAAAUCCGGAACGAGGUGGAGUCGGCUUGGAGCAAAAAGUUACAACGGCUGGCGGAUGAGAAUGAAGCGCUCAAGCGGACGGUUGAAGAUUUGCAAAAACGGAAUGAGAAGUGCCCGGGGCUUGAGGGCCUAAAGCUGAGGUCAGAUUUCGAGCAGCUUCGGAUCGAAUUGGAUUGCCGGGAGCGGGCUAAUAAAGUCCUGAAAAGCAAAAUAUCAGAGCAAUAUUGUGACAAGGAAAGAUUGACUCUGGAGCUGAGAAAGUUGGAGAAGAAUCUUUCCGAGGUGAAGAACGAGAUGGGUUCGCUUAAAAGUUCAGAGUCUUGGUUUCGGAAAGAGCUACAUUUGUGCCAAAACGAGAAUGCCAAAAUGAAGGAAGAGCGAUUGCAGUUGGAAAAUAAGCUUUUCUUCGAGAUGAAUCAAAGGGAUAAGUUGAAAGUUCAACUGCAGAAAGUUAUCCAAAAUUCAGAAUCUUUUGAGCAGACUGCGAUCCAAGAGAAAAAAGAUUUGCUGGAAAAGCUUCAAGCUAUACAACUAACUCAUCCAGUAGUGAGUAUAACUCCAAUAUUAGUUGAAGAAUUCGAACUAAAGCUAAAAGAAGCUAAAGGUAAAAUAGACGGUCUACAAGAAUCGAAUCAACAACUGUUGCUUCAAAAAGAGCUCUUGGAAAACAGUAUAGAAGUUUACAAAAAUAAAACUUCACAUCACGAAGCGGUGAUCGAAUCCCUUCAAAGCAGGGAAAUCAAAUCCCUUGGGAAAAUUUCCCACUUGGAAAAGGAAAUACGGGAGCUUGGCUCGGCCAGGGAACAACUGAGAGAGGAAAAUUCGCAACUCAGCAGCGUGGUGGCGAAGCAGCGUUUCGACAAACGAGACCUAGAUGUCAGCAUCGGUCAUCUGCGGGCGCAGUUGAAAGUUUUAUCGAUAAACUUUGAAAACACGCGACGCGCGCUCGGUGUGAAGGAAUUUGGGUUGCAGAAGCUGCAGACGGAUUACCAAGAUUUAAAGGCGCGUUUUGACGGACUGGAACGAUGUCGAACGGAACUGGAGCAUCGGCUGAGGAUGAGUGAGGGCCAGGCCAGCGAAAGGUAUCGUUCGCUGUUGGAGAGUUUCGCCCGGAUUCAGUCGAAAAAUUUGGACCUAGAACUGAAACUGGGUCAGUGUGCCGAGGUCAACGAGAAGUUCCGCAGGAGUGAGGAGGUAGUCCGUCAGCUGCGGGAAACUGUUGCGGAACUGCAGCUGCGAAUAGAACAGGAUGCUGAAAUGACCCCGACGUGUCCCAAGCAUGGUAGCCAACUUCCUGAGGACGAUACCCGGGAGCUGAAGAUUUUGCUGAAGGUUCUCGAGAACGAAAACCGACAGAAGCUGAAACGUUACGAAUUGAACAAUCGGAGUUUGCUACAACAGGUCAAGGAGCAUAGCAAAGCUCGCAAGCAAUCGGAUCAACGGGUAGAAGAAAUGGAGAAGCAACUGGCCGAGAUGGCAUCGCUACAGUGUGAGAUGGCUAGGGUACGAGAAGCAAAUUUGCUACUGGAAGUGGAUUUGGAGUCUGCCAACGAUGAACUUCGGAUUUUGAAGGAAGAAAAGAACCGACUGGUUACGGCUUUGGAGAACAGUUGUCUGCUGAAGGCUGACGAAGACAUUUGGACCUCUUUCCAGAGGAUGUUUGCUGAUCUGCGGCAGUCGCAGCACAUCAGCAAAGAAAACGGCCGACUGAAGGAGCUUCUGAGGAUAAGCGAAUCAAAGGUUGCACAACUCGAAGAAGACCUGAAACUUUCGCUCUCAUCCAUGGAGGACAAAAGCGUCGAGCUCGAAGGCCUCAAGUUUACCGAAGAGACUGCCAAAGUAGAGUCGGAUGAUCUGAGGUCUCAGCUUACCAUCAAAACCAUACAGCUGGAGGACGCUCAACGGUUACUCUCAACAACAAGUUCCGAACGCGAUGCGCUACAGGACUCCAUCGGAGAUUAUCAGUUUAUGGUGGCUAAAUUUCGCGAAGACAUUGAUACCCUGGAACGACAGGUCCGCAUCCGAGACGUUCAACUGCAAACCGCUUAUGAACGGAUUCAACUGUUCGAAGAGGCCGAGCGAAUUCUGAAACAUUCCAGGAAACAAUUCUUCGAAGAUUUGCAGCUACUGAGAGAGGAAAUCCUCGCAGAGAGGCAAGAAAAACACGAACUCCAGGAGGUGAUACGAGUCCUGCGGGAAGGCUCGCAAUCGGUUAUGGAUUGUAACAUUAAGAACUCCAGCAACGGAACACCUAGCCUCGGGUCAGACUCGGGAGGUUCAAUUCCUAAAACCGAAAGGCCGUUACCAUCCCUGGAUGAAGCAGCUCUCAAAUCGCUGAUCGAACAGUGCUCUCGUCGAUCAUCGUCAGGCAACGCUACGCUGCGACCCCUGCAAGAAUGCGUCGAAUCUCUGCGCGCCGAAAUGAACAAUCUGAACGUGGUGGUGCGUCAACACGGCCAGCAACGCUACCAGCAGCACGUCGUUUCACUGAUGGAGGAACUGCAGGAUGCCACCAACGGAACCUACAACGGGAGAUGAGUUUAGACCUGGCUGUCCGGUUGUUGAUUUAGUUUCGUUGACUCAAACGAAAGUAGGCUUCUAACGAUCAAAAUCGAAAGAACCGUCAUCCGCUUCAUUUGAGCUCUUUCAACUUGAGUGAAAGAGCGAUCAAAUUGAUAGUUUUCUUUUCUGUUGUUGUUUGAAUCAACAUUUGAACAAAGAUUUUUGAUUCCUUUCCGUUAAGGUUUAGUUUUUCGGAGCCAGGUCUAAGGUACUUAAGGGUUGUUAUUUAUUUAGUUUAAAAUAAUCGAUAUUCAUCGUAGCUUUUUUGAAUGACGCGUACAUAUAUAGGUUUAGAACGUACUAAGCGUAGGGGCACAAAAUCUGCUGUGAAGCGGCUUGAAUUGAGACUGAAUCUCGAACUUUGAUCUGAACCGUAAAAUGGACUCAGAAUCUGAAUUCAAAGUUGCUGAAUUCUGAUUUCUGAGUAGAGACAUCUGAGUUCUGAACUUGGCUGAGUUCUGCAUUUUGAGUUUUGAUUAGGGGAUUCUGAAUUCCGAUUUAUAUUGUUUUUUAAUUCUGUGAAUUCAGAACCUAAAUUCUGAAUCUGAAUUCUGAAUUUGAAUUCUGAAUCUGAAUUCUGAAUCUGAAUUCUGGAUCUGAAUGCUGAAUCUGAAUUCUGAAUCUGAAUUCUGAAGCUGAAUUCUGAAUCUGAAUUCUGAAUCUGAAUUCUGAAUCUGAAUUCUGAAUCUGAAUUCUGAAUCUGAAUUCUGAAUCUGAAUUCUGAAUCUGAAUUCUGAAUCUGAAUUCUGAAUUUGAAUCUGAAUUUUUUUUUUGAAUUCUGAAUCGUUAAGUCUAGUUCCAAACUUUUUGAAGAUAUUUGUCAUAUUAGAUUUGGUUAAUCUUGUCCAACUUUUUGCUAAAUACCUUCGGCGUAAAAUUCUUAAUUCAUCAUCCUUUGCAAAGUUGCUGGAGUGUUUUCAAGGCCAAACAGAAUUCGAAUAGAUUGUAAUUCUGAACCGUUCUUCACUGAACUCGAAUUCGUUUUCAACUCAAGCUGCUCUCUUCAACCACCACUAGGUUUAAAAUAUUUCUAAAGUAGUGCUUAUAUUCAUACAAAUUCAUCAACGUUUGUUAAAGAUAGGGUGACCAAACUAGAGAAAGAAAAUGUUUUAGAUUUGCAGCUUUUACUUUCUUUACUCAGAUCUUUAUUUAAGAGAUAUUAUUUUAGGUCAGAAGUAGGUAUUUCAACAAAAAAUAUUUAUUUUGUUAUCUCAACUCAAGCUUUAUAAGUAUUCGUUUCUGUUUCAAAUGGAAAACUUAGUCUUUUUGUUCGUUCGUCGUUGCUUAGCUAUUUUUAUGACCAAGUCAACCGUUUUAAAUUCUCGACGUAUCUCGAGUAUUUGAAAACUUAAAGCAUAAUAUUCUGGUCACCCUUUAUGUGUAAAUAUUACAAUUUUACCGAAAAUAUAAUCAAAAACUGCUCAUAUUUAAAAAUCCAUAUUCGAGCAAUUGUUGAUAUCCGCUUCAUCGCUAUAUUUUCAACCGUAAGAUGUAAAUAUUUAUAGCAAUCGCUCGGUUUAUUAACCCAUUUCUCAGGUCAGCUUCAGCUUGGCGGGCUUUCAUUUUGCAUUUUUUUGUGUUCAAGCUACAACGAAUUUAUUUUACAGCUUCCACCUAACUGUGAUAGUUUUUCGUUUUGUUUAUUUAUGUUGGUUGUCUGCGUAUCUGCCUUGCCUAGUUUUAAGGUAGUUUUAUGCUUUAAGUAUUUAUUAUCGGUUAAAUAGGCACACUCUAAGCUUCCAGCAAAAUCGAAAAAUCCAACACGUGAUGCACAGCACUAAUUUAAGUUAAAUCAAAUAUAAGUUAGUUCAACUUUCAAUAGCUCAAAAUAGAUCAGUAGGUAAUUUAGUAGCGUACCUACCUUCUUGAAUAGAGAGGUUGUAACAGACAACUCGAACUUACAAUGUUUUGUCUAAUUGGCGAUAAUCGCAUGGAUAAUGAUGGGUAAUUAUUUCGCGAUGCUGAUCGAUGCAGCAUUAAAUAGAUUGUUUUCCAUUCAGAAAAAAAAUAAAUCUGUAGAUAUUACCUAGUGUUUAGAGAAAAAAUAUUCCCUCCCAUGUAAUAAGAUUGUUCUGAAUAUAUAUUUGUUCAUCAAUAACAGGUUAAUCAUUGCCGAGCUUUCGGUUGUAGGAUUGGAGAAAAUAUAGAUACACAUACAUAUGUAUAUUUCGUUGCAAAA